AUGGUGGAGGGAGACGUUACCAUAGAUGAAAUCAGUUUCGUGGGAGCACACCUGCCGCAGGACCUGAAUCUGGGAAUACCAAGCACGAACCUUAUUCCUGGGGGUAUUUUCCCCGGUCGCAUUGUUAAAGUGAAAGGUGGCACUACCCUCGCAUCAAAGAGGUUCUCGGUAAACUUACAAUGUGGUCCGAAAAUGUACCCUGGAGAAGACAUAGCGUUUCAUUUCAAUCCUCGCUUCGAUACAAAUAUUCUGGUCCGCAACCACUACGCCGGGUCCAAGUGGGGCACUGAGGAGACCAGUUCUGGAGUGCCGAUGAACAAAGGAGAAUGUUUCGAAAUACUUAUCUAUUGCUAUUAUUAUCGUUUUAAGGUGGAGGUCAAUGGAAAAUGUGUCUGCGAAUUCAACCACCACAUCCCGUUUGGUAAGAUCACCCACAUCAUGGUGGAGGGAGACCUUACCAUAGAUGAAAUCAGUUUCGUGGGAGCACACCCGCCACAGGACCCGAACCUGAAAGUACCAUUCGCGGUUCCUAUUCUAGGGUGUAUGCAACCCGGCCGCUGGAUUAGAGUGAAGGGAACGACCCCUGCUGGAGGAGAGAGGUUCGCGAUAAACCUCCAAUGUGGUCCGAAACUGUAUCCUGACGAAGAGAUAGCCUUCAGUUUUAGCCCUCGUUUCAACCAGGGGAAUAUAGUACUCAACCAUUUCGGUUGCUCGAAGUGGGGCCACGAGGUGACGGAGGGACCCUUGCCGCUCAGCAGUGGAUCACCAUUCGAAUUUUAUAUUUAUUGCUACCAAAAUUCUUUUAAGGUGUUGUUAAACGAACAACAGGUCUGCGAGUUUACUCAUCGGCUCCCGAUACAGAGAAUCACUCACGUCAUGGUGGACGGCGACGCCAUGAUAUUCGAGUUGGACUACGAUUCGCCUGAACACCCGUGUGGACCACCACCAUCUUCCGGCUCCGGAGAAAUUUCUGGUCCCUAUUAA